AUGGGUUCAUUAAAGGAACUUAUGGAUACGCCAGUAAUACUGGAAGAGAGGGAGCCUCCUCUAGCAAAAGUUACUCAGACAGGUUUAUUAAGUAUCAGGUCAGCCAUUCGGCAAGCUGCAGAAGGAUUUAAGACCUCUUGGUGGCAGCUUAGCGAAACUAGUGAAAUGGGUGAGUUUAUGUUUUCGGGUCUGAAGAUUAAGACGCCCUGGGCAUUCAUUCUCUUAUGGAUGAUUACGUUUCUUGUGGCCUUCUGCUUCGAAGUUUGUAAGUUGUAUCUGGCGAAGUUGCAACGAGACGCCAAUAAAAUAAAAUACCGUCAGCCUCCAAGAUGCAAGCAAAAAAACCAAAAUCUAUUUCUGAAGAUAAAUUUUACAACAACAGCUCUAGUACACAGUGUGAUUGGCUACCUGCUGAUGAUGGCUGUGAUGGUAUUCUUCCAACUGUUGGUAGCUGUUGUAUUGGGUAUGAUGUUGGGUUAUUUCUUAUUCGGCAUUAUGCAACUAAGAGUUAAUAUGCAGUGUUUCUGCGGAUGCAUUCCUAAAUGCACAAAGGAAUGCGACGAGGCGGGCGGUGAUCGUUGCAACAGAAACCUGUGUGACACAAGACAGUGUAAAAGGGAGAUGCUCAAAAGGUUGGACGAAAUUGAAUAUAAAAGGAGCUAUCAUACACGGGAAUGUAGAAGCCACCUGCUGCAAAGAAUGGACGAGAUCGAACUGCGCCAGACGGACCUACAGUCUGACUUGUUCCACUACGAAGGCGAUCGGCGCACACCUAUGGAGUUGUACCCCUGCUCCCAUGAAAGUCUCCCAAAACUAUCUUCAAAGCAUGAAAGUGUAUCCAUAAUCGUCCAAAAGGCAGAAAGUAUUCCAAGAGUGUCGUCUAAACCUGACCUGUUCGAAUCACAUCCAGAGUAUUACUACACAUGUGAUGAGGGUCACCUGCAUCAUUAUCCAGAAUACUGUCCACAGGUCAUGAUGACCAAGGUUCGAUGUCAAUCUUUAACUUUGCCGUCGACGUAA